UUAGGCUAUUUACGGUCUCUACCCUGGCCCAGGUCUGCCUCAGAGAUCAAAUCAGCUACAUUUAAAAAGUAGCCUUUUUUAUAUAAGACAACGGGCAACACUGAUUUUUUAAAUCGCUUUGUUGCCUUUUGACAAAGUGAUGGCUUUCAGCUAAAGGUCGCAAUGAAAGAAUGGGUUUGAUUAUUUCAGAGUUUGUUUCAGAAAGUUGUUCAUAAUCAGCGCGCUAAACCAGCCUAUUUUUGGAGUCGGUGAGUCAUGACGUCAACAUUAUACUUUUACCCAGAAUUCAAAGCGAAUCCAAAAUGGCCUGCGUCUGAACACAAAUACAAACAUUCCUGUGGGUCGAAAACAAUCGGAAGCAAUCGAGUCGUAGGGUAUGCAAAGGGAUACUUUUUAGAUGCCGGUACCAAGCAUGAAUAAUUCUUCUUGGGAAGGCAGCCAGGGUAUGCUGAAUCAAAGGGACAUGGCCGGAAUGAGGCAGAACCAAGGCACGCGUUCUCAAGAUGAUGCUAAUGUUGGAUAUUUGUAUCAAAGAAGUCACAAUGAUGUACAAAUGGGCGGUGGAUUUCCCCACAAAAGAUGGGCUGUGGGUGAUGACAGUAUUCUCGAACAGAACCGCCAGAUGACAAGUGUACAGGACCUGGAGAGGCAGUUUCAGGGAAUGGCUAUGGCCAAUGCGCCAGGCAGACCUGAUAUGGGUCAUCAGUCCAAAAAGUUAUGGGAUGAUGAGCCCCACAAAGCUGGCGACGGACAGCACAAAGGAAUGUUUCACAACUGGACCACCAGGGAUGACACAUGGACAAGCAAUCCCGCAGAACCUUCAAAUCAAAUUGGCGUGAGUAUGGUGGAGGUGUUACUUGGGGGAUCACCAAACAAAAUGGAACCAAAUGCUCUCAGUCGGAUAAAGCCUUUUACGCAGUUCCCUCGACAGGUUCCGCAGCAAGAGCCCCACCUGGUGGAGGAGAAGAAGAGCAAGACCCCGUCCCCGUUUGAGGAGGGGGGCGCCGGCGAUGACGGGAAGGACAGCCUUCAGGCCAACGGGAUGCUGCCCAACGGCCUCGAUGAUGGGGGCUUCCGGGGCAGCAGACAGACAUCCCCGGCAGAUGAGGAGAGACAAGCGGCGGUUGCGAUGGCCAUGGACCCACAGAAGCUCCACCUGCGGGACGGCGGUGACUUUCUGGACAACGGUCAAGCGGCGGUGGGCUUCAGCCUGGAUUCCCACCACCACACGCAGUUUGAGCAGGUGGGGCUGGACACGCUGCCGUACGGUGGCGACUUUGGGAACCAGAUGAUGUCCAGCAUGGAUAGCCCCAACAAUUACAACAUGGACUACAAUCAGCAACUCCUGCAGAGGCAGCAACAGCCCAUCGCCAUGUUGACCCCCCAGCAACCCUUCACAUUGCCAGGCCAGCAACCCCUAGGGGUUGCGGGCCCAAACCCAAUCACGCAAGGACCAUAUGUUCUGGCCCAGGAUCCAUAUGUGGCGGCGGGAGUGCCGUUCGCAGGUCCCUCCAUGAUGCAUCAGUACUACCAGAUCCCCAUGAUGUUCCCCACGGCCAACCUCCCCAACCUCAUGCAAGGCCAGCAGAACCCACAGGCGCUGCAGCAGCAACAGCAGCAGCAGCAGCAGCAACAGAUGCUGCGCGGCCAGGCGGGCUCCCCGUCCCAGGGCAGCGACAUCAUUGGCUCCUCGGCCAGCCAGAUGCCCUCGCAGGCCAUGCAGACGCCCAACCCAGGGUACCAGCUGAUGCCGGCCUACAUUGACCAGAAUGGUCAGAUCGUGAACCCGCGUCUGCUGGGCCCGCAGGUGCGCCUGGUGUCCCCCGCACCGCUCCUGGUCAACGCCGGUGCCGGACAGCAAGGUGGGGAAGGUGGCUCCAACCAGCUGGCGGCGGCUGCAGCAGCUGCGAACAACCCCCUCCGUCUCCUCAACACACAAGGUCAACAGACGCCGCCCGUGGCCAGCAAUACUCCGUCCUCCGGACAAAACUCGGCUCUAGCUGGCUACUCUCCGACCAGCAGUCUGGGCUACACCCAGGUGACCACCAGCCUGUUCACCCCCAUCUCCACCAACCUGGGUCUCACCGCCCCACAACAGAACGGCUUUGCCAGCAACGGACUCACAGGGCUCGGGUCUAGCGCCCCUGGAACUAUUGGCCGGAGGCGCGAGUCCCUGGAGAUGAAGCGGCAGCAGCAGUUACCCGCCAUGGGCGGCUACUACGCACCGCUGCCGGGCAUGGCCAGCUCUCCGGGGGCCAGCAUGUCGGGCAUGAUGGGAAACUCCUCGAUGACCCCGCCACCCUCGCUCUCAGGAUCCUCCUCAAACCUUUCUCUCGGUCUGAAUGUCGGGGGUCGUCCUUACUCAGCUGCCCCGGGAGCUGAGACGGCUAAGUACCGCAAUGCCAGCCUGGUCUCGGCGGCCAAUGGGCUUCUUGGGAACACUUUCUUCCCCAGUCGCACAAUGACCUCCAGAAGCGCCAGCUUGUCCAAAGAGGUGACCGGACGCAGCCGGUUACUGGAGGACUUCCGCAACAACCGCAUCCCGAAUCUGUCUCUGAAGGAGCUGGUCAACCACGUGGUGGAGUUCUCUCAGGAUCAGCACGGCUCCAGGUUCAUCCAGCAGAAGUUGGAGCGAGCCAGCCCCCAGGAGAAGGCCAUGGUGUUUGGAGAGAUCUUGUCUUCCGCGUACUCCUUGAUGACGGACGUGUUCGGCAACUACGUCAUCCAGAAGUUUUUCGAGUUCGGCUCCCCCGACCAGAAGCAGACGCUGGCCCAGCGCGUGAGGGGACAGGUGCUGCCCCUGGCCCUGCAGAUGUACGGAUGCCGGGUCAUACAGAAGGCGCUCGAGUCGAUCCCACCAGACAUGCAGGUGGAGAUUGUCAAAGAGCUGGACGGCCACGUGCUCAAGUGUGUCAAGGAUCAGAACGGCAACCACGUGGUGCAGAAGUGUAUUGAGUGCGUUGACCCCAAGUUCCUGCAGUUCAUCAUUGACGCUUUCAAAGGACAGGUGUACAACCUGUCGACGCACCCGUACGGCUGCCGCGUGAUCCAGCGCAUCCUGGAGCACUGCACGCCGGAACAGACGGGCCCCGUGCUGGAGGAGCUUCACGAGCACACGGAGCGGCUGGUGCAGGACCAGUACGGCAACUACGUCAUCCAGCACGUGCUGGAGCACGGCCACAUGGAGCACAAGAGCAAGAUCGUCAACACCAUCCGCGGCAAGGUGCUCAUGCUCAGCCAGCACAAGUUUGCCAGCAAUGUUGUGGAGAAGUGCGUGUCUCACUCGUCGCGACAGGAGCGGGCCUUGCUCAUUGAGGAGGUGUGCAACAUGAGCGAUGGUUAUGGCCACCACUCUGCGCUGUACUCGAUGAUGAAGGACCAGUUUGCCAACUACGUGGUGCAGAAGAUGAUCGACGUGGCCGAGCCGCCGCAGCGCAAGGUGCUGAUGCACAAGAUCCGGCCGCACAUCGCCACGCUGCGCAAGUACACGUACGGCAAGCACAUCCUGGCCAAGCUGGAGAAGUUCUUCAUGAAGAACAACCCGGAGAUGGGCAACAUUGGCAUCUCAGCCAACGGGGCCAUGUAGUAGCAGCAGCAGGGAGGAGGUAGGACGUAACGAGGACACACACACACACACACGUACAACACACAAAUGCGGGCACGCACACACGCCCUCUCCCCGGACGAGAUGAAGGGAGGGAGGGAUGUGCUGUCUGCUGGCCACGCCCAUCAACGGUGGUCGACUGAGCCUCAAUGAAUGUAUGCCAAGCUAAGUACUUGUUAGACCUUAUACACUGGCGCGCUCAGGCAUGCUCACACGGACAAAGGCGAGCGGCUUUGAAAGAUGGCGCUGUCGUCGAGGGGAUAUGCUUUUUGACGUCCAUCCACGCUGGAAAGGCUUGAUUUACGGUUUCCAUUGGAGGUAUUUCGUGAACUUUUAUUAUUGUGUUGGGGUUUUUAUGAAAUUUUUUUUUUUCUCUGUCUUUGGAGGUGAGAGAAAAGCUGUGGGGGAUCCAUGUGGAGUUUCACACGUGUUGAACUGACGUGGUUCAGAGCCAUCUUGGUGGCUGGCUGCUAUCUGUGUUUAGUGGUAGCACGUUUGUCCGAGGCUUGAAGUAGUUCUGUGUCUGUGAACCUAUGGUGCGGCCAGACCCUCCAGUGGAAGGACAAAAAUACGGACUGCGGCUGCGGUUGGUUUUUAAAAAGUGGUUUUGCAUGUGUAUGCUUCUUGAAAUUUGCUGUUUCGUUGUGCUUUUGUUUGAUGUUAAACAGUUUGUUUUUGUGUAUACUACGACCCCCCUCUCAUCGUUUUGUAUGAUAGCUGCAACUAUCACUCCCCCCCCCCGCGUAAGAAAUGAAAAUAACUUUGUGUUCCCGACGUGACGACCUGUGGUAGACUGUGUAUUCUCUACCGUGUCGCAAUGUUUUUGUCGAGCAAGACAGUAUAGUAUGUAUGUCUCCAUGGUGUGAAUGUCGUCAGAGAGCAGUAGCUAUGCAAAUAAU